AUGUUCGACAAUAUCGUUGACGAGCUCCAGGCAUUAUCGGCCUCCCAAUUAGAGGAGGGAAACACCGAAAGUUCCACGCAGGUCUAUAUCUGGCUGUGCAAAAUUGCACAGCCGUUCCUACGCUCUCGAUUCCUGAAGCAGCUUUGUGACGAUAUGACCUUCUCGCACUGGGAGCGCAGAAUGAGGGCGUAUAGGUUGAAGCGGUGUUUGGACCAAGUCUGCCAAUACGUCGGUGACAUCACACUGCUCAUGCAGCAGGCCAAUCGAAUGUUCCCGGAUGGAAAGACUCCUUGUCGCUGGAUCAAGGACAGCUUCGUAGGCUCCGGAGAGGGAAAAUCCAGUAUCUCUAAUGACUAUUUGGAGGUGCUGCGGCAUGGAUUUCAGUUGGAGAGUACUCUAUCUGAUGCUACCGUGCGCGCCCUCGCAGAAUGGUUCCCUGACAUGCACAGCAAUUAG